UACUUAAGCCUCCCGCCCAGGACUUGGGAAGUGGCUGCUCCAGGCGACUUCCUCCAACAAGUGCGUGGCGUCGGCGGUGGCCCAGAUAAGACCUCAAGGCUCCUGGGGGCCGUGGUAGCCGGGCGUCCACAGGAAGCGCGGGGUGGGUGCGCCGCCACCGCUGUGGGGAACCUCUAGGUCCCGGAUUGCAGCUUUUCAGCAGAGGCAUGGCGUCAGCCACCACCAGCAAGAAGAUGCGGGAGGAGGCCACCUGCUCCAUCUGCCUGCACCUGAUGGCCAACCCUGUGAGCAUCAAUUAUGCCUGCCGCCUGCGCCUCCUGGGCCUGCACUCCUCCUCCCGGAGCCAGCUAGGCAUGGAGACCUUCUCCUGCCCCCAAUGCCAGGCUCCCUUCCAGAGAGGCAGCCUGAGGCCCAACCAGCAGCUGGGCAGCCUCACUGCCGCCCUCCAGGAGCUGGAGCAGGAGCUGUCUCGCCAGAAGCACGGGGAGCGGCUGCACCUCUUCUGUGAGGACGAGGGCCAGCUCAUCUGCUGGCGCUGCGAGCACAACCCACGGCACAAGGGCCACGCCACGGCGCUCGUGGAGGACACGGCCAGCUACAGGGAAAAGCUCCAGGAAGCGGUGAGGAAACUGAGGCAAAUGGGAGAGGAAUGCACGAGCCAGAAAGCAUUCACAGUGAAGCAGAUAGCCGAGUGGAAUGAGGAGAUAAAGGUUCAGAGACAGAAAAUCCAGGUGGACUUCCAGAACCUGCGCUUCUUGAGAGAGGAGGAGAGGUCCUGCCUGUGGAGAAUGGAGAGCGAGAAAGAGCACACUCUGCAGAGACUGAGGGACAGGGAGGCCAACCUGGGGCAGCAGAGCCGGGAGCUCCAGAGCCGCAUCCUGGAGCUGGAGGAGCGAUGCCCGGGCUCUGCCGAGAAGGUGCUGCAGGACGUGGCCGGGUCACCACGGAUGAGGCUUUGCAAGAAGCUGUGGAUCUCAUCUGUGGAGAGCGGCUACAGUGUUUGGACAGGUUCAACAAGUCCUGUGGAGGACUUCCCUGUGCUGGGUGGCAGCUGUGGGGACAGGAGAGAAGACAGGUACGAGCUGGCUCCCCGUUCCCUGAGCACAGGGAUUUCCUAA